AACAAUUUUAGGCACUUGGGACCCCAGAGCCAAGCUCAUUGAGCCGCAGCCGCCCGUGACCGCCGCCGGUGACGACGACGACAAAAUGAGCGACAACAACACGAUUCGUAUGAGCCGUGUGCUCUGCGAUUUCCUGGUGCUCACACUUAUCGCGAUUCCCCUGUACGUCUUCCACGAAUUCAUUCCUCCAGUCCGUCGUGGUUUCUACUGUGAUGAUGAAUCGAUUCGCUAUCCGUUCCGUGAUUCAAAAGUCACCCGACAGAUGCUCAUCGUCGUCGGGCUCCUGAUUCCGAUUCUCUUGAUUUUGGCUACCGAACUAUUCCGAACGCUUGCCUGGGAGAAGAAGUGCGAGACCGAAUUCAAGACUUAUCACGUACGCAAUCACUCCGUCCAUCGUCUCGUCGUUCGUCUCUACUGUUUCAUCGGCUACUUCUUCGUCGGCGUCUGCUUCAAUCAACUGAUGGUCGACAUUGCCAAGUACACGAUCGGACGUCAACGCCCACACUUUAUGGAUGUGUGCCGCCCGGAUAUUGGCUAUCAGACGUGCUCUCAACCUGAUCUUUAUAUCACUGAUUUCAAGUGCACCACUACCGACACUAAGAAGAUCCACGAAGCUCAACUUUCCUUCUAUUCUGGGCACUCUGCGUUCAGUUUCUACGCCGCCUGGUUCACCUCCCUGUACCUUCAGGCUCGCCUAUUCCGUCCGUUAUUCUCUCGGCUUUUGCUUCCAGUUAUUCAAUUUCUGUUGUUCGGUGGAGCAGCUUAUGUCUCGUUGACUCGUGUUUCGGACUAUAAGCAUCAUUGGUCGGAUGUACUGGUUGGAGCAAUUAUGGGAAGUGCAAUUGGAGUAUUUGUGGCUCUUUUUGUUGCCGAGGUCUUUAAGAGACGUGAGAUUCCGUCGUGUGGACCGUCGAAUGAGUUUGGAUUGAUUAGAAUGGACCGUCCUGACGGAGUGUCAAACGCCAACGGAAACGGCUCGAAUACCGUAGUCUCCACCCAACACGUCAUCGUUUCCGAAGUGGAUCCGGCGAAUCAGCGACUAGUCCAAUCCACCGAGGAAGCUCGCCGCGACUUUUUUCAAGCCGUCUAACACCCGAUCACCGUGCAGCUGAGCUCUCUGAGCACCACCAUGCUUUUGCUAAUUCGCCACGUUUUUUAUUACACCCCCCCCCCCCCCAAUAAGGAUUUUGUAGGAUUUUCAGCGUUUUCUCGGAACGCCGUGACCUACAAAAAUUCCCGAUUUGAUCUGCUUCCAAAUCCUCGCUUAUUCUUAUUCCCCCAUAAUAUUCGAAUUUAAUAUCACACAUUGCUUGACCCGCUUUUUUUUGAAAGUUUAAGCAGCUUUUUUUUUGAAGCUUAAAGCUUGACGGAAAGCUUUAUUCUACGAUACCUCUCCCAUCGCUUUUAAUACACUGUACCCGACUUUGACAGCUUAUAUCUCUGCUCAAAUUGAAGAUAUCAGAGCAUUUUCAACUAGAAAUCUAUAGAAAAAUGUGUGAGAAACUUUCUGUUAGUUGAACAUUUUCUGGUAAAACCAAUUAGAACCGAGAUAUGACCAAUUUUGGUGUUAGAGCCCAAAAUAUCGCACAUCCCUGAUCUCAUUUUUCACCUUUGUGCACUUUUGGCAUUUCCCCUCUCACACAACAACUUCCCCAUCCCCUUCUAUUCACCGUCCACUGAUAACGUGAUGAAGCUUGCCUCAUUGCGA